AUGAUGGGUCUUCAUCAGGAUGCUACCAACUCAGGUCUUCAGCUUAUUCUAGGAUUAGCUCUCACAGCCACCCCGGAAGACUCCAUCACUCCGUCACCACCAUCCAUUUCCAACAACCCUGAUCAUCAUCAUCAUCAUCAUCAUCAUCUUCCAACACUUAGGCCAAACUCCUACUCCUCUAAAUCCAGUUUCGUCACUUCAAGUAACUCCGAGGCUGAGCCAUCACUAACGUUGGGCCUCUCUCAUGAGAGUUACCGGCAGCAGGUGGUGAAACUCCCCAGAAACAUAGGACACAACAAAGUCUCCUCUGAGGACCCUCUUGAACAGACUUCACCUCACAGCGCUAUCUCCUCCUUCUCCAGUGGCAGGGUCAAGAGGGAGAGGGAUAUUAGCUGUGAAGAAGUGGAUGCAACAGAGAUAGAGAGGGUUUCUUCAAGAGCCAGCGACGAAGAAGAAGACGGCCCCACCGCCAGGAAGAAACUUAGGCUUACCAAAGAACAAUCCGCUUUGCUAGAAGAAAGCUUCAAACAACACAGCACGCUCAAUCCUAAACAGAAGCAAGCUUUGGCGAAGCAGUUAAGUCUUCGGCCUCGACAAGUGGAAGUGUGGUUCCAGAACCGUAGAGCCAGAACAAAGCUGAAGCAGACAGAGGUGGACUGCGAGUUCCUAAAGAAGUGUUGUGAAACAUUAACAGACGAGAACAGAAGGUUGCAGAAGGAGUUGCAAGAGCUGAAAGCACUGAAACUGGCUCAGCCCCUGUACAUGCCUAUGCCUGCGGCAACCCUCACCAUGUGUCCCUCUUGUGAACGUCUCGGUGGAGGCGUCGGGGGUGGCGCUUCCCCUAAGACACCCUUCUCCAUGGCUCCUAAACCUCACUUCUUCAACCCCUUCGCCAAUCCUUCUGCAGCAUGUUGA